CUAAGAAAUCUUAAAUGAAUCAAAUACCUAAGAUAUGUAUGCAAUCUAAAUAAAUCAUUUUUGAAUACCAUGAAUAUUUUAUGAUUCGUUACGUAUCCUAAUUACCUAGGAGAUUUUAGGACUGUUAAAUAUCUAUAUAAAUCAUAAUCGAAUACACACCCGGUAAUUCUAAUAAACGGAUAAACACAGUAAUGGUGGAGGUGGUAGACCUGUAGCCAUGAAACCUUUCAUUUCCCUCUUUUUAUUCUUUCUAUUCGUCGGAUUUAGGGUUCAGUAUUCAUCCUCCCUGAGAGGGGGUCAAGACAUAAAUUUCAGACAAGUUGGCAGAUCAUCGAAGUUACAAGGUCAGGGAAGUUUGUGUUCUGUGCUGAUUGAACCUUCUGGUUAUCCAUGCUCCGAACACAGUGUUAAGACUGAUGAUGGGUAUGUAUUAGCUCUUCAACGGGUAUCAUCUGAUCGUAAAGGGCAUAUAGAAAGUAAAUCAUUUGGUCCUCCAGUUCUUCUUCAACAUGGUCUAUUCAUGGGAGGAGAUUCAUGGUUUUUGAACUCGAAGGAACAGUCCCUGGGCUACAUUCUUGCAGAUCAGGGAUUUGAUGUAUGGGUUGGGAAUGUACGCGGAACUCAUUGGAGCCAUGGACAUGUUUCUCUGUCUGUUGAAAAUAUGGAGUUUUGGGAUUGGAGUUGGCAAGAAAUGGCUUUGUAUGACCUUGCGGAAAUGAUCAAAUACGUUCAUGCAAUAACAAACUCCAAAGUUCUUGUCGCCGGGCACUCACAGGGAACCAUCAUGUCCCUAGCUGCUUUCACUAGGUCAGAUAUAGUGGGCAUGGUUGAAGGUGCUGCUCUUCUUUGUCCUGUAUCUUAUUUGAGUCAUUGCACAGCUCCAUUAGUACUUGAUAUGGUUAGGAUGCAUCUUGAUAAGAUGAUUCUUGCACUGGGAAUUCAUCAGCUUAAUUUUCGAAGUGAACGGGGAGUCCAGAUCAUGGAUUCUAUAUGCGAUGAGCAUGUGGACUGUAGCGACUUACUAGUGUCUAUUACAGGAAAGAACUGUUGCUUCAACAACUCCCGUGUGGACGAUUAUCUUACAUAUGAACCUCACCCGUCAUCAACAAAAAACUUGAACCAUCUAUUUCAAAUGAUCCGCAAAGGCAAAUUUGCCAUGUAUGACUAUGGACCAUGGCGAAACUUAAAACAAUAUGGUCAUUUGGAUCCCCCAGAAUUCAAUUUAGCAGACAUACCCAAGUCAUUGCCAUUAUGGAUAGGUUAUGGAGGUAAAGAUGCAUUAGCAGAUGUAACAGAUGUAAAACACACUCUGAAGGAACUGAAGUGCAGUCCAGAAUUGCUUUACCUCGAGGAUUAUGGUCAUAUCGACUUCCUUUUAAGUGUUAGCGCAAAACAAGACGUAUAUGAUAGUAUGAUUAAGUUUUUUAGGUCAUUUGGAGCAACUUCAGAUAGUUCUUAAAUCAUGUUCUCGUGAUAGAUAAUGUAUGUGCUUGUGUGUCACAGUGGCAAAAUUAAGCCCUUGUGACGCAAUUGGCAAAUUGUAUAAUAUACUGUAAAUAUUGGAUGCAGGGCAUGCAUCAAUGCUUGUAUAUGAACAACUUCAUAGUUCAUACUUCAUAAAAAUGGGACAAUGAUUAUUGUUAUUUUAUUAUUUUAAGAGGGGACAAUUUUCUUA